CCUCUUGUAGAAUACUAUAUCGACCACAUCCAAACAAUCGAUCAGCACUGAGAAAAUGGCAGGAACACAGGCUUCAUACGUCAUUCUCGACGUCUUUGCAGAGCAAAGACUCAAAGGCAACCCCCUCGCCGUAGUCGACGUCAGCAGCCUAUCCCUAACCCAAGAGCGCAAACAACAAAUCGCCCGGGAAUUUAACCUCUCUGAAACCGUCUUUUUGCACAGCGGAGGGCCAGACCAGAACCCUCGCGCUGAGAUCUUCACGCCCGUCAAUGAGAUGGAAUUCGCCGGCCACCCGGUCAUCGGGACCGGCCAUCUACUUUUCCGGAAGCUGUCAGGUCAGAGUCGGACUCAGACCCUAGAGACAAGAGCCGGACCCGUGCAGAUUGAAUUCGACCCGGACAGCCAGAUUGUCUCGGCGCAGGUCCCGCAUAACAUACACGUGCAUGCAACGGAAGCACCUCUCGUGGCGUUGAAGGCCGUUCAGCCCUGUCUAGGUGCUGCUUCGGGGCUGGCUGCUACCUCAUGGCCUGUAGUGUCCAUCGUGAAAGGAGUCACUUAUGUAUUGGCCGACUUGACCGAAAAUGCCGACGUCUUUGGCAAGCUCGGUGCCGGGGAAAGCCCGCGGAUCGAUCUCGACGAGGGCUGGGGCCCGUCGUUCGUUGGGACCAUGUAUUAUCGGAACAUGGGGUCGCGUGUUGAGAGUGAUACAAUGAUCUGGGACCUUCGCGUGCGCAUGAUCGCGAUCAACCUCGAGGAUCCUGCCUGCGGCAGCGGUUCAUCUUCACUUGCUGCUUAUUUGGCUUUGCAGAAAGGUGGAGAGUGUCGCAAGCAUCGGUUCUUGAUCGAUCAGGGGUCAGAGAUUGGAAGGGACAGUCACAUUGUGGUGGAUAUUGAGCUGGCUGAGGAUGGGGGUCGGGUUUCGAGUGUUAAGCUUGCGGGCCCUGCUGCUUUUGUGGCGGAGGGGAAGGUCUAUGUCGAUUAGAUGGGUAUAGUUGAUGGAUGUUGGUAAGGAGCUCUUGU